ACUUCUGAACACAUAGUAGUAGUAAUAGUUGAGGUGCGUCGUUGCUAGUACAGCAGACUUAUAGUGGACAGUUAUGUGGGGUAGAAUCCGGCAGAUUUGGAUGCCAAGUAAUCACAAAGCACUCUUGGCAUCACAAGAAGCGCUUCUCAGUCAGUUCAACAGCACGCGUUUAUGGUCCAAGUCUGUUGCUGUCGGGGAUGGGGAUGUGAUCAACUAUGUGGACUCGUUGUAUGAAGAUGGAUCCAAGAGCAGCGACGGUCGCAGUCUCGCAAACACGAAUCGACGCACAACCAAGCAUGGCAUAGACAGUGUACAGAGCGACAUACCGCUUGUCAUGUUACACGGGUAUGGGUCUGGUCUGGGCUUCUUCUUCCGGAACUACGAUGCCAUGUGCGCAAGAGUUCCCCGCGUGUUGGGCGUGGAUUGGCUAGGUAUGGGUGGAUCCAGUCGCCCACGACGUUGCUCGUUGCCACCUCGUGUGCCUCUGCUGUGCAGGGGUAGCUUCUCAGAGAGACAGGCAAUCGAUUUCUUCACAGACGCGUUGGAAAAAUGGCGAGAAAGCGUGGGUCUGGACAGAUUCCACCUGCUGGGCCAUUCUCUGGGAGGCUAUCUAGUGGCACAGUAUGCACUCAAAUACCCAGAGCGUGUGGAGAGCUUGACUAUGGCCUCUCCGGCUGGCAUUGCCCAUCCACCCGCACCACGGCAGAUACUGAGUGACCAAGGACAGUCUGUCUCACCCCCGGCACUGCCUCUCAGUCUGCGUCUGAUUGAUGCAGCGUGGGCGAAUAAUGUCACGCCGCAGCAGCUAAUCCGAAUGUUUGGGCGAAGAGGACCUGGCCUGACCUUAAGUGCCGUAAAACGAAGAUUUGGUGCUGGGAGGACAAUCCAGACGUCUUCAACCGUGCUGUUCUGCAGCACAUCUAUGGGGAUCGAGAGAGUAGGUAGUACACAAGGUGUAGUCUGUAUGUCAGUGUCACGCCGCGUACAGAAAACGUUAAGGCGUUGCCGGUACUUGAUCCCAACCACUGUAGAUGGUAUGCGUUGAUAUCGUAUAUUCUGGCUAGUCGCCUGCCGUGCAGACGUGAGCUGUACCAGUGAGGAAUCAGAAGCUGAACUACGGAUCGCUUGAACUAUACCGCAUAGUGAUUGGCGAGAAGUCUUGAGACCAUGACUGCCUGCAGGUGGUGCACUGUAUUGCUGAAAAUAAAUCGGCGUAACUAUGGCAACGCGAUGUAAGCGCACACGUAUCUGCCCCAAGGUUUGCUUCAGGCUGGGAAGAACCCUCGCCCGAUGCAGGUACUUGAAGCUUUGGGUAGUUUGUUUAGCGCUCUUUACGAGCAGUGAUAGACUUUGGGUGGCGUUGACUGAUAACUGCUACAACAGAGAAGUUGGAUGGUAGUAUCUAUCUCUUUCGCCGAAUAUGUACCACGGUCCUUUGCAUAGUAGUUGAGAAUAUAAUAUGCUUGACCACUUAUACGUCCACGAGUCACACAAGGAGCUCAAUCAGUUAUACGUCCACGAGCCUAUACAACUAAUCUCUAAGAUCGUUACAAA